AAGUUAAGUAAUGUUCUGCGCAGCCAGCGCAGCUUUUGACGCGCUCGAAUGUCUGUGUUAUGAGACGUAUUUUGUAAGGUAUAAACGCGCACCCCUGUUUACAGAGCGGGUGGGUUACAUAAGCCUCGCACCGGCAAAGAAGUGCAGACAAAACAGCUUCACUUCGACUGGCUUUAGAAGAGAAGCUGUCGUCUUCUAGCGAGUUUACAGUAGCAGACACAGAAUGCUCCCAGCUAGCAGAUUCUCGUGUAAAGCCCACAGAUGUAUUAGAGCAUUAACAACAGUACCGACCGAACAUGCUGCGCCCCAGCUGUACACAUCUAUACAAAGGAGGACGUGCUCGUCAGCAUCCCGCAUCACAACACACUACACCAUCCAUCCUCGAGAGAAAGAUUCAAGAUGGGAAGGUGUGGAAAUGGAGAGGUUUGGAGAUGAAGCAGAUGUUGUGAUAGUUGGCGGAGGCCCGGCCGGUUUGUCAGCAGCCAUUCGUCUCAAGCAGCUAGCCAAUGAACAUGAGAAGGAGCUGAGAGUCUGUGUUGUGGAGAAGGCCCCUCAGAUUGGAGCGCACACUCUGUCUGGAGCCUGUUUAGAGCCCAGUGCCCUCUUCGAGCUCUUUCCGGACUGGAAGGAACGAGGGGCUCCUCUGCACACUCCAGUGACGGAGGAUAUUUUCAGCAUUUUUACAGAAAAACACAGAAUCCCUAUCCCCAUAUUACCAGGCCUGCCCAUGCAGAACCACGGGAACUACCUCGUGAGGCUGGGGAACCUGGUGCGCUGGCUGGGGGAGCAGGCGGAGGAGCUGGGGGUGGAGCUCUACCCUGGUUAUGCUGCUGCCGAGGUUUUAUUUCAUGAAGAUGGAAGUGUGAAAGGUAUUGCUACAAAUGACGUCGGCAUCGCCAAGGACGGCUCCCCUAAGGAUGUUUUCGAGAGGGGAAUGGAGCUCCAUGCUAAGGUCACGUUGUUCGGAGAGGGCUGCCACGGCCACUUGGCAAAGCAGCUUUACAAGCAGUUCAACCUGCGUGAGAACUGUGAACCCCAGACUUAUGCUAUCGGCCUUAAAGAGCUCUGGAUGAUUGAUGAGAAGAAGUGGAAACCUGGCAGGGCUGAACAUUCUGUGGGCUGGCCGUUGAACAGACACACAUAUGGAGGAUCCUUCGUCUAUCACCUCAAUGAAGGAGAGCCUCUCGUGGCCUUGGGCUUUGUGGUUGGUCUAGACUACUCCAACCCUUAUUUGAGCCCCUUCAGGGAGUUCCAGCGCUGGAAACACCACCCUUUCGUAUCGUCCACACUGGAGGGAGGCCAGAGGAUUGCUUAUGGAGCCAGAGCCUUGAAUGAAGGAGGAUUUCAGUCCAUCCCAAAGUUGACCUUUCCUGGAGGGCUGCUGAUUGGCUGCAGUCCAGGUUUCAUGAACGUCCCAAAGAUCAAAGGAACCCACACGGCUAUGAAGAGUGGCAUGCUGGCUGCCGAGGCCAUUUUCCCAAAAGUCACUGCAGAGAGCCUGGAUUCUGAGACGGCAGGAAUCCACGUCCACGAAUACGCUGAAAACUUGAAGAGCUCGUGGGUGUGGAAGGAGCUGUACUCCGUGAGGAACAUCCGGCCGUCUUUCCACAAUUACUUUGGCCUGUACGGCGGCAUGGUCUACACUGGGAUCUUCUACUGGAUCUUCAGAGGAAAAGAGCCCUGGACCCUCAAACACUGCGGCCUGGACGCACACCAGCUGAAGCCGGCCAAGGAGUGCACGCCCAUCGAGUACCCCAAGCCCGACGGGAAGAUAAGCUUCGACCUGCUCUCCUCCGUGGCCCUGAGCGGCACCAACCACGAAGGGGAUCAGCCCCCACACCUGACCCUAAAGGACGACGGCGUGCCCGUGGCCAGGAACCUGGCCAUUUACGACGGGCCCGAGCAGCGCUUCUGCCCCGCAGGCGUGUACGAGUACGUCCCCGUGGAAACGGGGGACGGGAUGCGGCUGCAGAUCAACGCUCAGAACUGCGUCCACUGCAAGACCUGCGACAUCAAGGACCCCAGCCAGAACAUCAACUGGGUGGUGCCCGAGGGGGGCGGCGGUCCCGCCUACAACGGGAUGUAAAUGCUGUUUUUUUCUUUCUUUUUUUAUAAUACCGUUGGUCUAGAAACACAAGUACUCCACACUCAGGGG